AGAUUCGGCUUUGUUGUGAGCACCGAUGCUGUGACUUUAGGCGAAGUCUGCUGCAAUUCGGCAACAUAUUGCGAGGAUUUUUUUUUUUUUUUUACCGCACUCAACGGACAUUAAGUGUUGUCAAGCUGUUUUGAGCUCAGUUCGACGUCUUUUCGCCGGAUUAAAGUCUAAGGCGACAGAAGUCUGGAUCUCCUGCAUAUAAACAAAACGCAGCGAGCUGCUUCUUAAGGUCGCGCGUCUAAAGCAGCUGUAAAGGGGCUACAGCUUUCAGUUUGUCAAGUUAGCUAACUUCGUGUUAGUCGCUUUGUCGGUGAUGGCAAUAGCCUUACAACUUCGUUAGGAGUUCAACUCCAAUAGGGAACCGUGCGAACAUGAGAGAAGAGGACAGUUUGCUGUUGGGAAGCCAGUCCAUGGCAAGCGAAAGAGGGGGUGAACAUCCCUGCAGCAGCCCCCACUUGACAGAGGAGAAAGGACCUGCAAAAGAGAAGGGUGACCCAAGCCCCCCUGGUUAUUUGUCCAGGUCUUAGUUGGAGAAAUUCGGACUUUCGACAUGGAGACGGUGGGGAAAUUUGAGUUCAGUCGGAAGGACCUGAUAGGACAUGGCGCUUUUGCUGUCGUUUUCAAAGGCAGACAUCGAGAGAAACUCGACUGGGAGGUGGCAGUGAAAUGCAUAAACAAGAAGAACUUGGCCAAAUCUCAGACACUGCUGGGGAAAGAGAUCAAAAUACUGAAGGAGCUGAAACAUGAGAAUAUUGUUGCAUUACUGGACUUUCAGGAAACUGCCAGCUCAGUGUACCUGGUAAUGGAGUAUUGCAAUGGUGGAGAUCUUGCUGACUACUUACACUCCAAAGGCACACUGAGUGAGGACACUAUUCGGGUUUUCCUGCAACAGAUUGCAGGGGCCAUGAAAGUCCUGCAGACCAAAGGAAUAAUCCAUCGGGACCUCAAACCUCAGAACAUUCUGCUUUCCUACCCACCGGGCCGAAAGUCUCACUCCAACAACACCUGCAUCAAGAUCGCGGACUUUGGCUUUGCCAGACAUCUUCAGAACAACAUGAUGGCAGCUACACUUUGUGGCUCUCCCAUGUACAUGGCACCUGAAGUGAUCAUGUCCCAGAACUAUGAUGCCAAGGCUGACUUGUGGAGUAUAGGAACCAUUGUGUUUCAGUGUCUGACUGGAAAAGCUCCUUUUCAGGCAAGCAGUCCUCAGGACCUCCGGCUGUUCUAUGAAAAAAACAAGAAUCUAAGUCCCAAUAUCCCCAGAGAGACUUCAAGCCAUCUGAAGAACCUGCUGCUGGGUCUGCUGCAACGCAACCACAAGGAUCGCAUGGAUUUUGAUGAGUUUUUUACCCAUCCUUUCCUGGAUGCAAGCUCAUCUAUUAAGAAGUCCAUCCCUACAGUGACCAUGACCUGUUUGCCCAGUUCUGCAUCAGCCAGCUCUUGUAGCAGCUCAUCCACUUCUCACCUUGCCUCUCCACCGCAGUCUCUUGGUGAGACUCAGCAUCUGCGUGCCAAAGUUCUGGCCUCUCCGACCCAGGAAGCUGCAGGUAUUCUCCUAAAGGAAUCAUCUGGAGCAGGCGGCAGCAGCAAGAACUCCUCCUCUUGUGAUACAGAUGAUUUUGUGAUGGUGCCUGCUCAUUUUACAACAGGUGAACUGACAUGUGAGAGUAAAGUGCUGCAGGACAGUCUCAUGAACAGUGGCUCUCUUUUGGCUUCAGCUGGUUUGUGUAACCAAACCAAAACACCGCCACACUCUCCUUCUUACAGUGGAUCUCCAAGUCCUGUCAGACCUGUCGAGUUCCCGGGAAGUAAUUAUUGCGGUAACUGUGGAAACCAUUUUCACUCAUUGCCUAUCCCAGUCCCCACUCAGGUCCAGAACUACCGGCGCAUGGAGCUGAACCUUCAGUCUACCAAACAGGAUGGCUCGUCACGGCUGUCAACAUCGGUGCGUCGCUGCAGCAGUGGGAGCUUGGUGGGGUAUGCUAGACCAGGACCCACAGCCCCAUGGCAGGGAGCAGUACCCACAUCCCACAGGCUGUCACUGGGAGGAACCAGAACUUUCCAGAUUUCUCCUCAAGCCCCCCAGCAUGCUGAAUCAAGGCCGACAUCUCAGCAGCCCCCACAGGCAGGAGGGCUGGGCACACGGCUUCACAGCGCCCCCUGUCUGUUGGAAUGUGCAACUGGUGGCGGGAGGCAGAAAAUCAAGAAGCAGCAUUCAGACCCCGUCGCUGUCCCCCCAAUAGGGCUAAUGACCGUUCGGCCCCUCCACUCUUCCCCCAGACUCAGUGAGCUAAUGCAGCGCAACCCUCUUCCUACCAUCCUGGGAUCACCAUCCAGGGCUAUCCCGCCAUUUGAAUUCCCAAAACCACCAAGUUCUCCGAACCUCGUGACUUUCCUGACACAGAAGGGCUUGGUUGUUGAUUCUCCAGGCAGCAGGACUGCCCCAGGAGAGCUCAGAGAUCUAGGACAACAAGCACCGGCACUGUCCACCAACCCUACUUACUGCGUCAACAGACUGAAUGAUGAUGGCAGGAGCUUUGGAAGGUCACAGAGUGCCAGCCGUAUGUCUGACAUGCUGCUGAUGGCUGCGUUUGGAGCUAGAGGACAUGCAGGAGACAGAGGCAGUUCAGAGAACCUGGCCUCAGAAAAAGCCAUAGACAUAACAGCUCCUCCUGGUGGUGGCUUUGCACCUGGUUCUUGCAGCCCAGCACAGGUGAUUUUCACUGUUGGCUCUCCACCAAGUGGCACCACCCCACCUCAGACCUCCAGACAGAGGAAAUGUUCAGGCUCCUUCAGUUCAGGCAGUCCUGUAGGCUCGUUGUCCAGUCGCUACCCCCAAACAGGCAUCUAUCCUGAAGGCUUCGAGGCCCCGCCCAGCCCUCGCUACAGUUUCACUGAUCCUAUCACAGCUAACAUGGGUGGCGCUGUGACCUUUGAGGCCCCUGAGCUGCCUGAGGAGACGCUAAUGGAGCAAGAACACACAGACACUGUGCAGCGCCUACGUUUCACUUUAGAGUUUGCCCUCUGUCUGAUGGAGGUGGCUAGCGCUCGUGGUGCUGUCACAGCGGGGGGACAGGGAGACGACGCUCACCCCUCUGUCCUUCAGCAGCAAAGCCAUGUAGCGGAUCAGAUAAGCUCACUGAGCCGAGAAUGGAGUCAUGCAGAGCAGCUGGUGCUCUACCUUAAAACCGCAGAACUAUUGUCUACUGCCUUAACCACAGCCAUGGAGCGAGUUAAACAGGGCAAACUCUACCCCUCUGCUACUGUCAAACAAGUGGUGAGGCGGCUGAAUGAGCUAUACAAGUCCAGCGUGGCAUCUUGCCGCUCACUCAGCAGUCGUCUGGAACACUUCUUCUCCAGAAAGCAUCGUCUAAUGGACCAAAUCACCUCUAUCACAGCUGAGCGGCUGCUCUUUAGCCACACUGUACAGAUGGUUCAGGCUGCUGCACUGGAUGAGAUGUUCCACCAGGUGGAAGCGUCAAUCCUGCGUUACCACAAAGCUCUCCUGCUAAUGGAGGGCCUGUCUCUGCUCCUCACUGAGCAGGAUGACCUCCUAAGUGUUAGCAAAUGCAAGGAGUGCAUUGAACGCCGCCUCACAGCUCUGCAGUCGGGUCUCUGUGUUUGACUCUCCAUUUGCUCUCUGACACAUAACUUAACAAAUCUCCACCCACAUUUUAUGGUUUCACAUAGAAGCGCUUUUGUUUUCACAAGAAAACCACAAGGUUUACACAGACACUGGAGGGUUCUCACCGAGAAGAUCUUUCAGUUUUCAGGGUUGGACUGUGAUAGAAACACUUCUACUAUGGAGGUUGGACCAGUGAUGGGCAUAGGGAGGACUUUGCUGCUACUGCUGGAAAUGCCAAGAAGAUUUGUACCCAGUUAAUGUUGGUCUAACAAGAAGGAGCAAUUUUUGCCAAGUAGUCACAUUCCUUCAUCGUGUGCUUGUCUAGCAAAUUAAAAAAAGCUUUUUAGGUUUCAUGCAAGAUGCAUUGGGAAACCCUUUGAGAAGAUAAGUGCAGUACAAGCUGCACAGCUGGUGAUACAUUCUGAGGACUCCCUGUGGCUAAAUAUCCUCAUUGUGUUUUUUGUCUUUAUAUCCUUAAUUUGUUCCCAUAUUUUUUUCUGUUUUAUCUGAUUCUUUCAUGCCUUUUGACAGAAUGUGUACAGUAUAAAGCGUAGCUCAAUUUAAUCAGCAGAAGUGCAUACGAGCACUGUUACAAAACUGCUGCCAAAUUACUUUCAAGAGACUUUUAAAGUAGAUUCACUGUCUGACUCUGCUCGUUUGAUAAAAGAAAAACAAUUCUAUGUGAGAAUUUACUAUUUCUGUAUGGACUUCAAAUGAAAUGGCCACAUCCUGCUUUUCACAGUGCAAGGUUGUGAAGGAAAUGUUUUAAUUAUGCUUGUGAAAAUUGUAGCUUGAGAAAAAAAACUGGUCUGGUUAACACUCAAAACACCUACUUCAACUGUGUUUGUAUGCAGAAGGGGAUAAAACUGGUUUUCUUCCACUCAACUUUUUAAUAUGCUUGUCUACAUCUUGUCACAUUCGUGUUAAAGAAAAUGCUGCAAUAACCUGGGAUGUAAAGGUGCAUCUUAAUAAAUAAUCUUAAUAAAUUAGACUAACUUUGAAGCGUUAAAUUAUUUCAGUAAUUAAAAAAAAACUUAAAGUGAAACUCAUAGAUUUAUAUCUGUUAAUAUUGGUGAUUAUGAAUUACAGCUAUUCACAAUCCUUUCAAGAUUGUUGUUUUACCUGUUAGCUGUUUUACCAAAUGUUUUCCUUCCACUCAAUUUUUUAAUAUGCUUGGAUACAGCACUCUGAACAGACAGCUUUUUUGUGUCUUCCUCGCCUGGAGGAUGUCAGUGACUGUCCGCUGAACAACGUUUGCCUUUAUCUGCUCUCAUCUUCCUCUUCACAUAACUCCAUAGUUUCUAUAUGAAGUUUAGAUCAUGUGGGUUUGCUUGCCAGUCAAGAACAGUAAUGUCAUGGUCCUUGUAUAAGGUAUUGGUACUUUCGGCAGUACAAGCAGGUGCCAAGUCAUGCUGGAAAAUGAAAUCAGCAUCUCUAUGAAGUUUGUUAGCAGAGGCCAGUAUGAGAUGCUCAAAAAUGUCUUGGUAAACAGCUGUGCUUGGUUAUCCAUGUUGCUUGAACCUCUUUUUCUGUCACAUUUUCUCCUUCAAAUAAACUUUCCACUAAUGUUUGGAUACAGCACACUGUGACCUUUAGCACUGGCCUUUUUACGCUUUCUCCCCUUGUGGACUGUGUCAGUGACUGUUUUUUGGACAGCAGUGAAGUCUGCAGUCUUUAUGAUUUCUGUAAAACAUUUCUGUAUUAGACUUUUUUUUAUUGCUUUUACUUGAUGUUUAAAUUUUCUGAGAAACCAAAUUUUGGGUUUUCAGUAGCUGUGAACCAUAAUCGUCAAAUUAACAGAAAUAAAUACUUGAACUAUGUCACCCUGUAUGCAAGGAGAUUAUAAAAGAUGAAUUAAAUUUUUUAACUGAAUUGAUUUACUGAUAUGAAUGGACUUUUUGAUAAAAUUCAACUCUAUUGAGAUGCACCUGUAUUCCUCGCACAGUCGUAAGCUUUCACAUUCAUUGCUGGUAAUUUCUGCAAAUGAUUUGCAGACUUUGUUGGGGUUUGCAUUUUAUCUCACAGUCUUUAGAGUGGUCAGCAGGUUUAGUCAAAUAUGAAUGUAGGGCUGUCAGAAAAGAAUCAGCUUUAAAAUCAGGCUGAAUGAUGGAAGGGGGGUUAACAUUUAAUCUGAAGAGCUGAAUGUUUUUGCACUGUUUAUGUACUGUAUAGAUAUGCUAAAAGUGUGCAGCUUGCAUAGCCGUGCUCCUUUAGGGACUUCUGCUUAGUCCAUUCAGUACAGUUUUAGUUGCUUCUGCAGUUACUGUCAUAAAAUUGUGUGUUUUGAUCUUUAGAUUAAGAAGGAGAUUAGAUAAGCUAGUUUUCUAGAAGAGGGAGGAGGAAAACCACACUGAAACCAGUGUUGCAGUUCUUGUGCUGUGCUUUAUUUGACCAUUUGUUGUGUGGUUUGUUUUUUUUUUUUAUAAAGGCUUCUUGCCACUUUUAAGGUUGAUUUCAUCUUGAAUAAUUUUAAUUGAUGACUUAACCAUGUUUCCUUCAGAAGAUUCGUGACUGCUAAAUUUGAGUGGCUAAUUUUUGAAGGUUUAAAUUCUAAAUAAGGUGUUUUUGAUGGGUUGUGUGCACGACGUUGUGAUUUGGUAGGCCAUUUAUUUUACAUGUUAAUGAGCGGCGGGACACAUUAAGCUCAGAACUUGCAUAGAUCUGCUCUUGUGAGAAGCAGAACAUGUUUCUCUGAUGUAAUUGACAUCUAAAACCACCACUAUCUUGUUUUACUCAAGAUGUUAUUUCCUCUGCAGCUGAGUUUGGCUACUGAGAGCAUAUUUUAUACGAUGUUUGAUUGUGAUCUCUGCUAAAGACGCUGUAUGAGGACCCCCUUACAGCGGCGCGAUCGGCAGGACAGACUGGAGAGAUAAUUUAUCUAAAAAGACAUAUUGCGAGUAUUUGCUUUGUUGCCUUCCAUUUUGUGUACUGAACGUCUCUCUGUGUCAUUCCUAAUAUUAAUUAAUUCCUCCACAGGCUCUGUGUCACUACACCUGCUGCGCUUUUCUUCCAAGAAUCAGGUUGCAGAAAACCCGAUGCAUGUGUCACUUUUUUAUCGUUCCAUUCAAUCAUUGUCCUGAUUAGCGAAACAUGUCAAUUUUAUUUCAAUUUGCUGUUUUUGAAUGUUUCUAACAGCAUACCAGGAUAUUUCCAUUGUAUGUUUUUCCUUUAACUAAUUCUGUGUUGCCUGUUUAUAUUGUAAAUUAAGUUAUUAUUGUAUUGUAACUUAUCAGCCGAGGAGAUGAUGGUGUGGGGCACCUGAGCAUUCCCAAAGAGUAUUAAGCUUUCUGCUUGAUCUUCCACAUUCUCUAUCUUGCUGUUUCACAAGCAGUUUUAAUGUUUUCAUAUCCGCAAUAGACAAACUAUCUCUGUACCCUGUUGGUGAUGUAAUCUUUGGGGCGCUCCAUCAUGAAUAAAGUGAAAGGAAAGAACA